GCGGGAGCGAGGGGCGGAGGCGCAUCGCCGGCGGAGGCCGGGGCGUGGGGCGCGCAGCAGUGGAGCUGGCCUGAACCUUGGACCUUGUCUCCCAACAGAAUCGGUAUCUCAGCUCCGGCAGGAGGUGCUCUCUGAUCAUGGCCUCCAAGCCCGAGAAGAGAGUAGCCUCUUCUGUUUUCAUCACCUUGGCACCCCCACGCCGUGAUGUGGCUGUGACCGAGGAAGUGGGCCAGGCAGCUUGUGAAGCCCGACACGCCCGGCCCUGGGAGACCCUCGCUCCCACGAAGACCCCUGGGACUGGCUUGAGCAGGAACCCCAACACCUGGACACCCUCUGGCAGGACCACUGCCUCGCUCCCCGCAGCCCCACCCCAGCUCUCCAAUGGAGGGUGCCCUCCCCCGCCUCCUCCUCUGAAUGAUGAGGACAUAGACCUCUUCCUGCCUCCCCCACCGCCCCCUCCGGCCUACCUGCCUCUUCCAGAAGACGAGCCUCCUGCCCUGACUGGGACAUCUCUCAUUUCUGACUUGGAGCAACUACACCUGCCCCCGCCCCCACCUCCGCCUCUAACACAGGCUCUACCAAAGGAAUCUUCUGUCCAGCCUCGGCCCAGUGACCUCAGACCCUCGAAAGAGGAAUUGCCCCCUCCUCCAGAAGAGCCUGUCACCUUUCCAGAGAGAGAGGCCUCCACAGAUGUCUGCGGCUUCUGUCACAAGCCUGUGUCCCCUAGAGAGCUGGCUGUCGAGGCCAUGAAGAGGCAGUACCAUGCCCAGUGCUUCACCUGCCGCACCUGCCGCCGCCAGCUCGCUGGGCAGAGAUUCUAUCAGAAGGACGGGCGCCCCCUGUGCGAGCCCUGCUACGAGGACACUCUGGAGAAGUGCGGCAAGUGUGGGGAGGUGGUCCGAGACCACAUCAUCCGCGCCACGGGCAAGGCCUUCCACCCACCCUGCUUCACCUGUGUUACCUGUGCCCGGUGCAUCGGGGAUGAGAGCUUCGCCUUGGACAACCAGAACCAGGUGUACUGCGUGACUGACUUCUACAGGAAAUUUGCCCCCGUGUGCAGCGUCUGUGAGAAUCCCAUCAUCCCCAGCGACGGGAAGGAUGCCUACAAAAUUGAGUGCAUGGGUAGGAACUUCCACGAAAACUGUUACCGUUGUGAGGACUGCAGUGUCCUCCUAUCUGUGGAGCCCACCGACCAAGGCUGCUACCCGCUGAAUGACCACCUCUUCUGCAAGCCUUGCCACAUCAAGCGGAGUGCUGCUGGGUGCUGCUGAGAAGCCCUGUGGCUGGCCAAUCCCUGACUCGGUUUCCCUGCCUAACUUCCCUGCAUCCGUUCCUUUCGAGCCUCACUGGGCACCAGCGCACUGCUCAGCCCACAGUGUCUAGACACAAGGGCCCGAGACAUGGGGUCUUGGCCUCUUGGUACACCACACCCCCCCCAGACUUUCAACUCCUCCUCCACUGACCAGAAGGCCCCUCACUACAAGACUGGGACUCUGGCCGCUCUCUGGUGCUGGCCCUGACCUAUUUGUGGGGACGGGUCUCAGGAUGAUGCCCUUGUCUCUGGCCAUGAUGCUUAGCUCCCUAGCAGAAAGUUCUGAGACCAGCUUAGUGUGUUGAACCGAGCUGUUUGUUUGAAGUAUGCCUGCCCCAGUUACUGUAGAAAGUGUAUUUUGAAAAUUAAGAAAUUUAUGGUGGGGCUGGACGCAAAGGCAGGAGGAUCUCUGUGAGUUCGAGGCCAGCCUGGUCUACCAGGUUAGUUUCAGGGCAGCCAAAGCUACCCAACAAAACCCUGACUUGAAGAACCAAAAGGAAAAGGAAAAGAGUGUAGCUUGGUGGCUGGAGAGAUGGCUCAGUGGCUGAGAGUACCUGCUGCUCCUGUGAAGGACCAGGGUUCACUUCCCAGCAUCUACAUGGAGCUUCCUAAGUGCUUGA